AUGCAGAACGACGUGAAGGCAGAAACGGGAUGGCAUACCGAGAAUGCUCAGGAGAAGAGACGUUAUUCGUAUGGCUAUGAUCCGGAGGCCGAUACGUGUGUUACGAAUGAUGCUGUGUUUGGCGAUGUGACGAAUGGGCCUAAUUAUCGCAAUGUCGGAUGGAUGGGAGGUGUCGUGCUUAUGCUCAAGACACAGAUCGGUCUUGGUGUGCUCGGCAUCCCUCUGGUCUUCGACACGGUUGGUAUGGUCCCGGGCGUCAUCUGUCUACUGGCAAUUGCGAUCAUGACGACUUGGUCCGAUUACAUCGUGGGCAUAUUCAAGAUCAACCACCCAGAAGUGUACGGCAUUGACGACGUUGGUGGACUGCUGAUGGGCAAGGCCGGCUACAUCAUCAUGGGCACUGUAUUCUGCCUAUUCUGGAUCUUCGUGGCUGGAUCUGCAAUGGUCUCCAUUAGCAUUGCGCUAAACGCUCUGUCACUCCAUGGAGCCUGUACCGCUGUGUUUGUGGCCGUUGCUGCCAUCAUUGGUUUCCUGUUCUCGAGCAUUCAGACCCUCGGGCGUAUCACAUGGCUCGCGUGGGUGGGUGUGGUUGGUAUUAUCUCAGCCAUCCUCGUCCUCACCGUCGCAGUAGGUGUUCAAGACCGCCCCUCUGCAGCACCACAGACCGGCCCAUGGAGCUCCGACUACAGGAUCACGGCUACUCCGACGCCAGCCAGUGCAUUUCAGGCUCUAUCUACACUGGUCUUCGCCUACGCUGGCACGCCCGCUUUCUUCUCAAUCGUGUCCGAGAUGCGCGAGCCUCGCAAGUACGUGCGCUCCAUGGCAAUCUGUCAAGGUGUCGUGACAGCUCUCUACCUUGCCAUUGGCAUCGUCGUGUACUACUUUUGCGGGUCCUAUGUCGCCUCACCAGCCCUUGGAUCCGCGGGUGUUCUCAUGAAGAGAAUCUGCUACGGGUUGGCACUUCCAGGCUUGUUGGCUUCUAUGAUUUUGCUGAGCCACGUCCCUGCUAAGUUCAUCUUCGUCCGCAUACUGAAAGGCUCCCACCACCUAAGCAGCAACACACCAACCCACUGGAUCGUAUGGCUCUGCUGCACAGCAGGAAUCGCCUUAGUCUCGUAUAUCCUGGCCAGCGCGAUCCCCGUCUUCGGCGAAUUGGUCUCCUUCGCAGGCGCCGCUUUUGGAACUCUGCUCUGCCUGCAACCGAUGGGCUUUAUGUGGCUGUACGACAACUGGAGCAGACCGAACCGCGACUUUAAGUGGAAGCUCGGUGUUGCGUGGGCAUGGUUCAUCAUCAUUGGUGGUACUUUCUUGACGAUUGCGGGAACUUAUGGAUCGAUUGUGGGGAUUAUUAAUGCGUUGGAUGCGGGUGCUAGUACUUCGCCGUGGUCGUGUGCUGAUAAUUCGAACUCGUCGUAG